AUGACCUCCAUCAUCACCUCCAUUAAGGACCUGAUCACCUCUGUCUUCGAGGUAAUCUUCUCCGUGUUCAAAAGCGCGAUAGACACAGUCUCUUCGCUCCUCUACGCCGUCUUCGAUUUCUUCGCUGGUAUUCCUAUUAUGAUCGGACAUAUGGUGAAGGGCAGCCUGGAAGCUGCUGGUGGAGUUGGUUCAUUUGUUGCCGGCAACAUUGUCAUCAUAAGUCUGGUUGUGCUGGGUAGCUUUGGCUACAUGGCUUAUGUGAGAGGUGAUAAGCGUCCAGCCAGCACUGCUUCUAAGAAGCUUCGUUAG